UUCCACCCCGGGACUCUCUCGGUGCGGGAUCGUCCGGACGCAGCGACGUGCGUAACUGCUACCCUAGAGGCCUUCACAGGUACUUACAAUAGAACGUAUAGUUAGCUGUCCGAGCAAUCUUACUUAUUUAGACGGCGAGCCCCUAAGUCCGGAGAAUAGUCUACCGCAAGAGCGGCCGUUCCGUCUUCUUUUCUUCUUUUCGCUAAGCGAGUCCGUGUUGGCGCCACAAGGCUGAGAGCGGCCGCCAGCAUGGCAGUGCUGGCUGCGGCUGGCAGCCUAGCCGCCGGCUCUUAAGUCGCGAAAGUGCCAUACUUGUUGCACAUUGCUUACGCACACGCAUUUUGCUUUCGUUCCGUUUCCAGGAUGAACUCGACUGCCGAGAAGGUCGGAUGGACGACGGAGCCCGGUGGACGCGGUACAGUGGGCCUCCUUUGGAGCUGCUUUGCAACCAUCUUCCUGUGUACCUGGAGCGCAGUCCAUCCAAAUUUACCAGCACUAAGCGAUUCCCCAUGGAAGACCUUUAGGCGAAAGAUCGGGUACAUGUUAUUCUGUAUCGUUGCUCCCGAGUGGACGGCGACUAAUGCAUUGGAGGAUUUCCGCGUCGUGAAUAUGUUCAAACGAAAGUACAAGCUCCGCCAUCCGGUGUCCAAGCGCCGAUGGAGCCUCAAGCAUUACUAUUUCCUCGAGAUGGGCGGCUAUGUUAUCCAGACCGAUCAAAUGCACCGGAUACGCAUCGACUCGCUGGUCCUGAUUGAGCUAAUCCGGGAUGGCAUCAUCGAAGCGCCGGAACUCGAAGAUGAAGACAUCGACGACCGCAGCAAGGCAAAUUGGUUCACCAAAUUUAUCGCCCUGCUGCAAGUCACAUAUUUCAUUGCGCAGCUGCUCGCGCGGGCCAUAGACCAGCUUCCCAUUACGACGUUGGAGCUGUUCACCCUGGGAAUCGUCUUCUGCGCCCUCGUAACGUAUGCCUCGUUCUGGCAGAAACCGUUCGAUGUCAACAGGCCCGUUGUUCUCCGUCCGCCUAACGCUCAUGAGGGUGGGCGCCAUCACGACUCGCUGAAAGACGUCGGACGCACACACCUCCUGCAGAGCCCCUAUGCUAACGGCUACAUCACGUGGCUGCUGUCACUGCUAGUCUUCGUGCCGUUCGGCGCGGUGCAUAUGAUAGGGUGGAAUUUUUCUUUUCCGAGCGCGGCGGAGAGGUGGCUGUGGAGAGCCGCUAGUGUCUUCUGCAUGGCGGCGCCGAUGCCGAUACUGGCGCUGACGGACUAUCUGGAGAGGCAUCCGGGGCCCAAAUAUGCCGACUGGGUACUCGGGGUCGGCACAACGCUGUAUAUUGUCGUGCGCGCGUACCUAUGCGUCGAGAUGCUGGUGGGGCUUAGGGCCGUGCCGGCGGGGGUCUAUCGGACGGUCGACUGGACGGAGUACUUUCCUGCUUUUGGAUGAUGACGCUAUUUGAGUGCCGCGAAGGGGACAUGUUAGCUGAAGGUGAAGUUCUUUCCGCGCUAGCCACAGAGCUAACCUAUCCUAGGGUGGGAAGUUACAAUAUUCAGUGGUGGAUACUCGACUCGUACUGAUGCUACGGUAUAUGCAGAUGCCUAAACUGCAGUGUUAGUGCGGAGUAAAAGAUGGCGUGCGGGUCAUACCAACUAGA